GGGCCAGCUGAGGAAGGCUGUCUCCACCCACCUCUCGCACACUCUGCCGUCUCCUUUAAAAGCCGGAGCAGCUGAAAGGGUGGCAACUUCUCCUCCCGCCAGCCUGGGCUCUCGGCCCCGCCAAGCUCCCGGGCCCAGCCCAGCCCAGCCCAGCCCAGCUCAGCUCCGGCCAGCUCUCCUCUCCCGGCUCCCUGCGGGGGGGGAUCCCCUUCACGCCAGCAGCCGCGGUCUCCCGAAAAGCUGCAGGACCACGUUGAUUUGCCAUUCUAAAAGAUUUUUCCUGGCAAAAUAAAAAAAAAAAUACAAAACCCAGCCCGACUUGCAGGGGCGAAGCUUAGCCGGGGGCCGCCGCAGCCCAGCCCAGCUCGGCGCUUGUCGGAGCCUCCUGGACGAAGAGCAGCGCGCGGACGUCGGGUCCACCUGUGUCCGCCCGAGGGGCGCCCGGGCAGAGGCACGGCGAGGCGAGCCUCAGGACCCCCCACCCCCACCCGGCGCCCGGGCCGGCGGCCCCUCCGACCCCUCCCCGGGCUGCAAAACGGGGCUUUUCUCCCCGGCUCCAAGUGCCGCCCCAGCCCAGCCCGAAGGCGCAGGGGGGUGCAAAGGAAAGGAACUGGCCACCCAACUUUGGAAAAGUUUCCGGGGGGCUCCGGCUCGCUGAUUUCCCCCUUCUUCGACCACAUUCUGUGAGAUUUUUUUUCACGUCCCCCCACCCCAAAUACUGCGAUUAAUCUAAGCCUGGGGGAGAGGGGAUUCGCCCUCUCUCGCCCGUCUUGGGGAGCGCCAACAGGGGUGCCCUUUUUUCCCCCGGAGGGGUCCGGAGCCCCUUGCCCCGCGGCCUAUCCCAAACAGCCCCCCGCUCUCUCCCCACCCACACCCCGGGGACGGUGGAUGCGCGCUCCGGCUCGGGAUCCGCCCGGGUAGCGCCCCCAGGCCGCCCCGAGCGCCGGCGCCAGCGGCUGCAGAAGGACGGGGCCAGAGCGGCCCCAGGCUCGCCAGGAGCCGGGCGAGGGGCGACGGCGCCCCGGGGGCCAUGCGGCUGAGUGGUGCCGGGGGCGGCGGCGGCACCAGCGGAAAGAGCCCGAGCGCCUGAGCCGGUGGGAAUCAAGGCGAACCGGGCCGAGCGCCAGCACGCACACCCUGGCCUGGAAGCAGGCACGGAGGCGCCCUCCGCCCCUGUGUCCGGAGCCCCGCGGGGCCGGCGGCUUCGGGAUGAAUUGCUGGGCGCUGCUCUUAUCUCUCUGCUACCUGCCUCUGGUCAGCACCGAGGGGGACCCCAUUCCCGAGGAGAUCUAUGAGCUGCUCAGCCACCCCUCGCUCCGAUCCAUCAGCGACCUCCAGCACCUGCUGCGGAUAGACUCCGUAGAGGAGGAUGUGGCCGAACUGGACCUGAACCUGACUCAGGCGCGUUUCCCCAGUGAGCGGGUCAGCCUGUCUCGCGGAAGGAGGAGUGUGGCGGCCGUGACCGUGGCCGAGCCCGCCAUGAUCGCCGAGUGCAAGACGCGGACGGAGGUGUUCGAGAUCUCCCGGCGCCUCAUCGACCGCACCAACGCCAACUUCCUGGUGUGGCCGCCCUGCGUGGAGGUGCAGAGGUGCUCGGGCUGCUGCAACAACCGCAACGUGCAGUGCCGCGCCACGCAGGUGCAGCUCAGACACGUGCAGGUCAGGAAGAUAGAAAUUGUGCGGAAGAAGCCGACCUUUAAGAAGGUGACGGUGACCUUGGAGGACCAUUUGGCCUGCAAGUGCGAGACCAUAGCAGCCCCCCGGUCCUUGCCCCGGAGCCCCUCGAGCAUCCAGGGAAACAAAGGUGGGUCCACCCCGAACAAAGUGACAGUGAGGAGGGUACGCAUCCGACGGCCGCCCAAGGGGAAGCACCGAAAGUUCAAGCACACCCACGACAAGACAGCUCUGAAGGAGAGUCUCGGAGCAUAGGGGCACCCGCCAGAGAGAGCAUGAUGGGCAGGGUUAUUUAAUGUAUUUCUCGUAUUGCCCCCAUGGGGUUCUUGGAGUGAGAAUAUUGUUCUUCUUGUCUGUCCGUCUCGAUGGCCGACGCGGAUGACAAAUGGUGCUUCCCCUGCCCCACGGCCUUGCAGCGGAUCUCCCGUUCCCCCCAGCUCAGCGGCACCCUGGCCUUCUGCACCCAGCAGCUCCUGGGUCUCCCAGAAGCCCCCGCCGCCAUCCUUCCCACUGGCAGUGGAGAAGGCCUUUGGCUAGAAGGGCUGCUUCUUCCGGAAGGCCCUGCUGGGGUGAGAGAUGGGACUGUGGACCCGGAGGACUCCAAGCGUUGGCCCAACAAGCCGGAUUUUGCCCUAGGACUCAUAGUAUUGGCCUGUUCGCAUGGCAGCCCAGAGCCUGAGUGUCCCCGGCCCUGGACUGGCGGGGCUGCCCGCAGGAACCUUCUUCCCAUGGGCUCCACCCACGGAGCACGGAGCUGGACCCUGCGGUCCCUGUUCCCUCCUGCCCAUCCCCUGCUUGAUUAUUUCACUUUUUAUGCACAUAAUUUGGAAACUGGUUUCUUCCGAAGCGGGUUUUGCCACGGGAGAGCAGCCUGUGGCCUGUGGUGCUGACAGGAGGUUCACCCCCUGCUCCUGGCACUGUGGGGGGGCUGUAGAGGGAAGCGGGGCCCAAUCCUGUCUCUCACCACUCCCUCCUUCCAUUUCUCUGCCCUCCUCCUCCUACAUCAUGGUCGGCCCCAACCUCGAUGGAACACCUCCAGCCCUGACUCGGGUGAGCCCGAGGGGCAGGAGUGGGAGCGAAGGAGGGAGGAGAGCAGGUGUGGAGUGUGAGAAGAUCCCCUAGUCCACCCCCACUCCGGCCUCAUUCCAGUCCCUCCCUAGGUCUCAGUUUCCCCAUCUGUAAAAUGAGAGACUUGGACUACAUUACUUCUGAGGUUCCAUCCAACUCUUAAAAACCCGUCCCUGAGCAUUUUGGUCCUCCUUGGGGGCACCUACAGAAGGGCCUCUUGGGAGACAGAAAUGCCCCAUGUGACCUCAUCUGCAGUUCCCAGAGGCUGCUGAGUCUUGGAGGAAGCCUCCCCCUCCCCCCAAUCUCUCCCAAGACCUGCUCCCGGGGCCUCCUGGGGGAAGGACUGAGUGGAGAUGACUGAAGGGAGGGGCAGGCUUGCCUUCCCAUCUAUCCCACGUUCUGCAGCUUUCUCUUACUCAGAAACCCGCUUCCUUCAGUUUGUAAAGUUGGUGAUUAUAUUUUUUUUGGCUUUUCUUUUAUUUUUUAAAUGUAAAAUUAAUUUAUAUUCUGUAUUUAAAAUUGUAAAAAAAAAAAUCAAACCAUAUGACACAAGGACAAAUGAACCCACCA